UGUUUGUUGAUUUUAUCUCCUUACCGCUCCUUCCUCCGCCCCUUUCAAUGUCCUAGUUAGUAUAUCAAUUCUAUGACAUAGCGAGCGGUCCCACCCGCUCGCUACAUAGGCUUCCAAGCUUGCCAUUGAAAUCGGGAGUGGUGUGCAUGCGCUAUGCUAGGCAAGGAUAAGAAUAUGCAUGGGAUCGGAAGAAAAAUUAGGCUCAUGCGCAGUGGCUCAAAGGGGCGUUUUGUGUGGGGAGUUGGCCGCCUAACGGCCAGAAAAUCAAUUAGGCAGAAGAGGAAACGUGACCCAAAGAAAAAAGUGGUAUAUCGGCGUCAGGAGGAGAAGGGAUUUUGACUAUGGAAGUUAAAACUGCAAGGCUAUUUGUCUGAACAAAGAACCUCACUGUCACAAUGUCGGCUAAAUCUUCACUUCUCAAAGUGAUUCUUCUGGGUGAUGGAGGUGUUGGUAAAAGCUCGCUUAUGAACAGAUAUGUCACCAACAAGUUUGACACUCAGUUAUUCCACACAAUAGGGGUAGAGUUCUUGAAUAAAGACAUUGAUGUAGAUGGCCAUUCUGUCACAAUGCAGAUAUGGGACACAGCAGGACAAGAACGGUUCAGAAGCCUAAGAACCCCUUUCUAUAGGGGCUCAGACUGCUGUCUACUCACUUUCAGUGUUGAUGAUUCCCAGAGUUUUCAAAACCUAAGCAACUGGAAGAAAGAAUUUAUUUAUUAUGCAGAUGUGAAAGACCCAGACAGCUUCCCAUUUGUGGUUCUGGGAAACAAAAUAGACAUGGCUGAUCGACAGGUAUCAGUCGAAGAGGCAGAAUCUUGGUGCAGAGACAAUGGAAAUCACCCAUACUAUGAAACUAGUGCUAAAGAUGCCACCAAUGUUUCGUCAGCUUUUGAAGAAGCAGUAAGAAGAGUUUUGGCAAUUGAAGAUCGAUCAGAUCAGCUUAUCCAUGCAGAUACGGUUAAUCUUCACAGAAAGCCAAAAACCAGUUCAGGUUGCUGUUAACUGCUAGAUUUUUGCAUCAAUUAGAUUCUCUCUAGCUGUAGAUGUACCCUCCCAUACAGGUUUUUCUGUAUAAGAUAGGGAAUGGCACAUGUACAGCUAUUUUAAGUUUAUCGUGGAAGGCAAGCAGGAGAACAGUACCACUGACACAAUUAAGUCAUAAGUUUCACUAGGGCUUUCUGAUGUGAUCAUUCAUACACCAUCUGCCCAAAAAGAAAGGAGGCAUUUUCCCAUCAUGGAUCAGUAUUGACUUUAAGUGCAGUUUCAUUCAUGGUAAAGUUAUUUUGCACUUCAUAGACUGAGUUGCACAGCUUUAGCUUGAGAGGACACCUCUAUGAAGAAUGACCCUAAUAAGCCAUUUUUUGGCAUGUGAUUUAAAUAUCUAAGAAACAUUUAGUUUAAAUAAUUAGGAAUCACAAGAAAAUUGUAAUGAAACUUUUAGAGACCAUAGUGGAGGAACAAAUGGAACCUGCUGGUGUAAUAUGCCCAAUCAUGAACAUUAGAUAUAUACUAUUUAAUACAAUUAAAACUCCUAACACCUUUAUAAAGUAGCAUUUUCCAUAUUUAACAUAAUGUAUUUAAUGACUUAUGCCUAUUUAAUUUAAAUGUGCAUUUUGAAAAACUUAAAGAUUGCAUUUAUGAGUAAGAGGCUAUUAAAACAGAAACUUGAACGAUUGGAGAUCACUACUUUGGAUAUAUUUUUUAAAUUGUUUGCUCUAAGAAGUUAAACAAAUUGUAUGUAUAUAGAGAUUUUUUUAAUACAUUAGCAUUCCAUUCUUUGUUUACAAGUAAUGCUUUGGACACAAAUUAAUUUAAACCAAUAACAGUUUGAUUCUUUAGAGGUACUCUUUAAUUUGCAAUUUUUUAUGUUUUUGAACAAUUUAGGAAUUAAUUUUACAUUCCUGAUUUCAAAUAUCAAAUAAAAUUGCAUAUUUGAAAA